AUGCUGCUCGGGCUAUCUGAAGCUCUUCCGAGCAUCGCGAAGCGUAAGUUCGAAGCCGCAAAGGCAUCGUCAGAUCUGCUGUUCUCACCUACGGAGCUGGCAAUCAUCCGCACAUCUGCAGGCAUUCCCUUUCAGUUACGCUAUUGCCCAUCGCUUGCAAAGAAACCCAUACCAAAGCUCCAAGAUGCUACUCCGAAACAGAAGGUCGACCCGUUCGAAAAUCCCCCACCAGCCCUUCACCUGGCCGACAUCCCCGCCACGAACCCAACCCACUUCCUCGUCCUUAACAAGUUUCCUAUAAUAUCCGAGCACUUCAUCCUUGCCACCAAACCGAACAAAAAACAGACACACUUGCUGGAACAAGACGACCUUGAGGCAACCUACGCUGUCUUGGAAGCAUGGCAGGCGGACUCAAGUGAGGGCCAGAAGCGUCUUCUCGCCUUCUUCAAUUCUGGCGAUCAUAGCGGUGCGUCUCAACCCCACAGGCACUUGCAGUUCUUGCCUGUGGAGGGCAUGCGCGACAGCAAAAAGGCUAGUGACUGGAGUCUGCUCAUAGACUUGAUCUUGUCCAGCCCAGCGGCCAAGACGACCGACGGACAUGUGACAUUCUUGCAACACCCUUCCUUGCCGUUCACGCAUUUUGCCUACCCAUUCGACUCCAAGCCAUCCGGUACCCAGUUACUUGACAUCUACAGCCGUUUGUACGAUGCAGCAAAAACAGCAGUCGACGCGUUUAUCUCCUCGAACCCGAAUAGCUUCGCUCUAAAUCCUACCGAUGACGGUGAUCUUCCAAUCAGCUACAACCUCGCUAUGACCACUGCAGGCAUGGUAAUCCUGCCGAGACGCGCCGAGGGCACCAUGCUACUCCGUGACGAUGGUAGUGAGAUCGGCUUCGCAGCUCUCAACGGUACAACGUUGGGAGGUACGAUGAUGGUCAAGCACCAAGACGAGUGGGACAUGUUGCGCGAAAAGCCAGGACUGCUAGAUCACAUCCUCUCUGGGAUUGGCAUUCCGAAAACCUCCCCGUCCAAAGUGGGCGCAUCGAACAUCUGA